CGGUGUUUUCAUAACGGACUCUUUGUCAUAGGUCAAGCAGAUGGAUUUACCGCCCACAAGUAAAAACUGCUAAGUGGUCAACUGGUACGACAUCAGAUCUUACCGAAUUACUUCCUGAGGUAUCCUGGUGUGGAGGUAAACACUUUGAGGUGUAAAGUUAUUGAGUAGGCAUCCGUUAACAGAAAGAACAUUUAUCUAUAUAGCGCCUUCCAAUACAAAGCAUCAUCCAAGGUGGAUUAUAAGUGGCAUUAAGUGGAAAUAAACAAAAACGGUCAGAUGGUCAGAGCGUAUAAUUAAAAAAUAAAUAAAUAAAAAAAAUCAACAUACAGUGGAGAAAAAACCUCUGGGAUUCCUUGAGCAGAAACCAACCCAGAACCUUUGAGUUACAUACAUUACAUUGUAUGUCUAAGAUACAAAAAAGAAUAAAAAGAAAGUCAACCUGUGCAGAUGUCAUCAGGGACAGGACGUCGGUGAUCGUCUUCCUUCCGCCAGCCUCGGAGAAUUUUGUCCAGAAGGUGAUGGCAUGGGGCCACCACCAGAUACAAAUAAGUUGCAACAAAACACAAAUGAUGUGACUGGUCACAAAUUUAACAGAAAGGCAGAUUUAAGAAGGUUUGGCAACAGAGUGUGGGUUAAUCCUUCACAUAAGUCUCAUUCCUAUAAUGAGUCUCCUACGUUCUCUAGGCAGACUGGCUGGGGAAGAGAUGAUGAGAAUGAUGGGCGUGGUGCCCGUGAAAGAAAUCCGAGGAGGCAUGGAGGAGGAGGAGGAGGUUUUGAUACUUUUUCUGGAUUUUCUGACACUGGAUCAUCCAGAUUCAACUUCACCAACCAAAACAAAUUCUCACAUUUGAACACCCAACAAGAAUGUAAUGUUGAUGAUCAGGAAGAUGAAACAGAGACACUUCUGAGCAUGAUUAAAAAGGACAUGGAGAGCUGGGAGCAGUCAGGGCAGUGGCUUUUCUCUUGUUACUCAGUUGCUAAAGAUACAUCUUGUCUAACAGGAUUCCAAGAUUUUUCACCAGAAGAACUUCGUUUUGAAUACUGUACUGCACUGGCAUCGGGGAACUUGCAGGCUUAUGCCAGUUCUGUGCAACAGUUAUUAAGUCAACAAAAAACGAGAAUAUUUGAAUUAAAGGCUCAAAAUUCAGCAACUAGAGUACCCCUGAUUGCAGAACUUAAGCAUUAUGGUCAGCAGGGUUCAUCAUCAGGAUUUGAUGCAUUUCCAAAACCAUUUGUAUCUGAAGGAUUUGGAUCCACAUUAUUCAGUUCAACAGAAAACACUACUAGUAACAGCUUUAAUUUUAAAUCUGACAACAUACCUCAAAACCCAGGAUUCUCUAAACCAUUGUUUGGCAGUUCUACAGGAUUUCCAUCUCAGCCAUCAUUUGGUUCUGCCACUUCACAUGCAUUUGGAAACACUUCAUCAUCUCCUUCUGUUGCAUCUUUUUCUUUUGCUCUUCCUGCUGAAGAGAAGUCACAGCCUGUGGGUUUUGGCAGCGUACAGCCAUCUGGGUUUGGUUCCUCUUCUGUAAACUUUAAAAGCAGUUCUGUGUUUUCAGCCCCUCCAUCGGCCACCUCUGGAUUUGGUGCAGCCGCAGCCUUAGCAGAAGCUUCUUCUGCUGGAAUGUCUGGAACAUCUUCAAAUGUGUUUGGCAGCAAGAUUAGCACCACUCCUUCAACAGUUGCUCUUAGUACCACUACUCCUUUGAACCAGUUAUUUACACCACAAAGUGAGCUGACAGAGGAGGAAUUAAAAGAAUUCCAAGCCAAACGAUUCACUUUAGGGAAAAUCCCUUUAAAACCGCCGCCAAAGGAGCUGCUGAUUGUUUAGUAUGUGUGUGUUACUUUUAUGUUUGGAAUAAAUGAGUCUGUACUGAUUUUGUAUUUUUACACUUAUGUUGCCUUGAAAAUUUUUCAGAUUUCAGAAAUCAAGAUGUGUAAAAUAGUCAAGUAAUACAUUUUCAAUCAUGAAAUCCUGAAUGUAUAAAGAAGGAAGAAAUAUUUAAUAUACAAUUAAAUUGAACUUCUAACGGGUACCUAACAUUUUCUAAGUUUAUUAAAGUGUCCCAUAUUUUAUGCAGAAAUGUAAUGGAUCUGUACAUUUUUUACAUUUGUUUGUUUGUACAACAUGCACAAAUGUAUUUCUUGCUGUUGGUUUAAAUCUGUCUGCCUGUAAAAGGGCCGUCUAUGGCCAAUGCCAACAUGGCAGCAAUCUCGGCUGUGUAAUUCGUUGUUUGCCGUCGUAAUGGACUUUUUACAAUAACCAGACUAACAGUCUAACUGAUAAUAAGUAGACUAUUUUGUAAUAUUCUGUCAAAGAUUUCAGGUUUUAAUUUUUUAAUUUAUUUUUUAUUAUAAUUCUUUAUUAGCUGAAUUACCUUUUUAUUGCUUUUGGCAAAUUUCCACCUUUUUUGUACUAUGUCUUGAAUUUAAAUAGUCAAUUUAUAAUUAAUUUAAAUAUUCAGUUUGCAAUAUUUCAUUUAAACUUGUCAUUCUGGUGAUGUUUAUUUCAUUUUCAUUAUCCUACGCUACCAAAAGGAAUGUGGCCAUGAAUAUCAAUUGACAGUUUAAAAAAAAAAAAAAUUUAAUGAAUUGAAUGUACAUUAAAUUUGAUUCUGUGUACUAGUAA